GGGCCAAACAAUAAUAAUUCGGGACAAAUUUGUUCAUUUUUCCUUGAAUCAACCCUGUGUGUCUGUGUCUUUUUUCGUUCUAUUGUGCAUUGAUGGGUAGGUGGUAUAGGCAAAGUAGCAUAAUAGCCUUCAGAUGGAACAGAGUUUUGGCGGGUAUCAAAAAUUCAUGAGUGUUGUAGGGGGUAAAAUAUACGUGCGGUGAGCAAUAAUAAUAAUAUAUUUGUUUGUUGCGUGAAAUUCGGGUAUAAAAGCAACUGAUUUCGGAGUGGAAAGACAUCAGUUCUUAGAACCAGCUCUUCUCUGUAACAACAAACUUAAAAAAAACCUCAACAAAAUCAACAUGUCGAAAUUCUUCGCUAUCUGCUUGUUCGCUCUCAUCGCUGUUGUAGCCGCUAAGCCAGCCGUUAUUGCUCCAUUGGCCUAUUCAGCAUAUUCAGCACCUUUGGUGGCCUCACCCUACACUGCCGCUUACACUGCUCCAUAUGCUGCUGCCUAUUCAGCACCUUAUGCCGCCUAUUCAGCUUAUCCAUAUGCUUCAGCUUAUUCAGCAUACCCAUAUGCCGCUGCUUACUUCCGUUAAGUAUUGUUGAAGAAGAUUGUUCGACUGUAACACUGCGACCUGACCUUUAUGCAACUUUAUAAUUUUUCUGCUCCCUUCUACUUCGACCACCUGAGGAUUAAUUUGUUUCGCGCUGAAAUGUGUUAUCCUUGUUUUUAAUUACUUUUUUUUUUUUGUUUUUAAACUUUUGUGUUUUUUUCUUUUUUGUGUUUUACACU